AUGUUGACCAGAAAGAUUAAACUCUGGGACAUAAACGCCCACAUCACCUGCCGCCUGUGUAGUGGAUACCUCAUCGAUGCAACCACGGUGACUGAGUGUCUGCACACAUUCUGCCGCAGCUGCCUGGUGAAGUACCUGGAGGAGAACAACACCUGCCCCACAUGCAGGAUCGUCAUCCACCAGAGCCACCCCCUGCAGUACAUCGGUCAUGACAGAACCAUGCAGGAUAUUGUUUACAAAUUGGUCCCAGGCCUCCAAGAGGCGGAAAUGAGAAAGCAGAGGGAAUUCUACCACAAGUUAGGCCUGGAAGUGCCUGGAGACAUCAAGGGGGAGACGUGUUCUGCAAAGCAGCACCUGGACCCCCACCGAAAUGGAGAAACCAAAGCGGACGACAGUUCGAACAAAGAGGCAGCGGAGGAGAAACAGGAGGAAGACGGUGAUUACCACCGGAGCGAUGAGCAGGUAAGCAUCUGUCUGGAAUGCAACAGCAGCAAACUGCGGGGCUUGAAGCGAAAAUGGAUCCGCUGCUCAGCCCAGGCCACAGUCCUGCAUCUGAAGAAGUUCAUUGCCAAAAAACUUAACCUCUCGUCUUUCAACGAGCUGGACAUUUUAUGCAACGAGGAGAUCCUUGGCAAGGACCAUACACUCAAAUUUGUCGUCGUCACGAGGUGGAGAUUCAAGAAGGCACCCCUCCUGUUGCACUACAGACCCAAGAUGGACCUGCUGUGA